AUGUCCAUCGCAUCAGCCUCUGAAACUAGCAGGAUCGGCGUCCCAGGAGUUUGGUCCUUGACCAACGCCCUCCUAAUUGUCCUCGAGCGCCCUGUCCACCCCGGCACCCAUAUUGCUCUGGAUUCAAUCUUCGCGAUUCCUCUAUCGUUUUACGGAAUCUCUGGCCUUAUAGAACAGACUAAUACUACUGAAUAUUAUUUUGAUGGAAACGCAGGGCACACGAAGGGCAUAGUUCUCGCUGCUUUCUCACUCAUGGUCGUCAAUAGUGUCCUGCAUUUGAUGCACUUUGUCCUGGGUUGCUACGAUGUACACCGGAGACGCCAUGCUUUAUCAUUCGACUACGAUCCUCAGAAGGAAAAUAUUCAGUACUCAGUCUAA